AUGGCACGUGGACCUGUUUCAGCUUAUCACAGUCUUCCAAUGGGUGAAGAUCCGUCUGAAGUUCCAACUGAAGUUCCGCAGAAGCCAUUUGGCUUCUCUCCCCCGAGGACUCCGAGAACAGGAUCGUCACGUCUCCAGGGAGGGAUUGCCGAAGUUCUCAUUGCGUGUGCAGCCAUUGCGUUGCCGAUGAUAUGUCUAUCCCUGGCUCUACUAGGUCUGAUAUUCGCGAAUCAGGUCCCGCCAGCACAUUCACUCUUUCAAGACGACCAAGCAAGAGCGGCCCUACCGCUGCUUACAGACCCAGGCAAUGCCUAUCUCGUCAAUUUCAGUGCGACACAGCUCAUCACGAUCGCCUCAUGGGCCAGUAGUGUUGCUCCGCACCUACCCACGUACCUGAUGACUCUCUGUUCCUAUCCAUUGGCCAGAAAAUUGCUGCGAAGCUCACAUCAAGACGCUGUGGACAAGCUGCCAACGCCUUACCAACUGACCAUAUUGUUGGAACUACGCAAUGGCAGCCUCAAGUCUCUGUGGAAUUACUUUCGCUAUUCCUCUCGCAAAGCCGGCAAUAAACCAAUUGCUGCUCUUAGCAAUCUUGCAAAGAUUUUCAUGCUGGCUACUCUCUGCGGAUGGCUUAUACUUGCCGCCGAUACCUGGCUUCACGUUACAACGUCGACGGUCCCGUACGUGGGAGUCACCGCCUAUUUUCCUCCUCUGUGGUCAUUCGGCCGUGGUCUGCCUGCAGGUUGUUACCUCGACGGUGCCACGUGCUCGAUGAUGGAUACGGGCGUUGUGUGGCUGCUAGGGGGAACACCUGAGCCGUUCCGCACAUUAUACAACAUUUCGGAUGUAACCCGUAUCUCGACUUUCGAACUCGAGGGCCAAUCUUACGCAUACGUCGCGGAUGCCAUGAGCGUGAGUGAUGUUAACGACGACUGGGGUGCACAGUGGGACUUCCUUGCCUCUACAUUUGCCAUUUCAACCACCUGCACGCCCAUCACUUCGAGGUGCAAUCCGACUACGAAUUCUUCGAGCUGCGUGAAUUUCCAAUGCUCCGAGGCAUUCAGCGGCAGCCUGGGCUGUGACAGCACUGUCUUCGCCUCCCCCACCGUCAAUGCUUUCGGCCUCAGACUUUUCUUCGACGAAGGCUUGACGCAAGAGAUUUUGUUAUCAGAUUUUUUCGCUCAAGGGUUUCGUCAGAACUACAGCUUCAACCCUUUCCACAUUGGAAUGUACGCCACUGUCUCAACCAACGGUGGUGAAGGGCCACUAAACGGGUCUGCCGAAGUCGCCCACGGCGUGGCCGGCGGAGACUCGUGGAUUCUUUCAUGCUCCGCGACCGUCUGGGACGCAGAGUACUCCUCAGUCAACCAAACCAUCACUUGGGCCGACGUCACCAAGUCGAAUGCCACCACCGCGGCAGCAUUCGCCUGGCCGUUCUGGGCAAACUACGGCUUCGACGUGCUGGAGCGGGCCUCUGUCCUCGCCGACUUCGCCGCGACCAUGCAAGACGUGGCGAAUCAGACCGCCCUGGCCUUCUCGACCACGGCGCUCGCCCUCACGUCCGGGACCCUCGAGCAGCGGCCAAAUCUCCUGGAACAAGGUCGCGGCGGGGCCAUCCUGGUGGCGCGGAUCCCCAAAGCCCCCUUAUUCACCUUGGUCGCGCUCAAUCUCCUAUUUGCAGUCCUCGGAGUCGCCUUCGCGGUCAUGGCGGCUUUUGCGAGACCAAGCCGCACACGCGACGUGCAGGCGAGAUUGGGAAUUGCAGGAAUCGUUGCCGAAAAAUUCGAGGACGAGGAUCUGGAUAAGAUGGAGGGUGUGAGGAGUGUUAAGGAUCUGUUUGCCGAGAAUCGAGGCGGAGAGAACGGUCCUACUCCUAGGAUCGGGAUUGUGCGUACGCAGGCCGGGGCGUGGAAGUACCGUCUUUGGCGCGCAUGA